AUGUUGCCUGGCAUACAACAGCUUCCCAAGAUGUGGGCCUCUGCAAGCCUUCUCCUGAUGUCAUCCCUGCUUGUGGGAAAGGUGGUGGCUGAACGCUGCCCACGGAUCUGCAUCUGUGACAGCAUCAAGUAUCAAGUCAUGUGCGUGAACAAGAACCUCACUGAGGUGCCUGUUAACAUCCCACAGGUCACCCAAAGACUGGACAUCCGGCGUAAUGAAAUUCAAGUCAUCCCUGCAGGAGCCUUCUUGCCUAUUCCAUACCUCACCCACUUGAACCUUCAGAAAUGCAAGGUGGAAAGCAUUGAGGAAGGGGCAUUCAGAGGAUUAGGACGGCUGAUCUAUCUCAACUUGGCUUCCAAUAAUAUAGCCUUCAUCUAUCAAGAAUCAUUAGAUGGCCUGUUCUCUCUCAGACAACUUAUUCUAGAAGACAAUCGCAUUGAAGAAAUAAAGCCAGGGGCUUUUGGACAACUCGGUUUCCUGAGCUUUCUUAAUCUGGCCAGGAACGCCUUGGUUUACUUACCAGAUAUGGUCUUCCAGGGACUGCAGCUGAUCAAGUGGAUAAAUUUGUCUCAUAAUUCACUCCAUGUACUUGCCAGUGAAGCCUUUGGUGGCUUACCAACACUUAAAAGACUGAGCCUAGAUCACAAUGAACUGCAGUUCUUUCCAAGUGAGCCACUGUCUAGACUGUCAGGCACAACCCGCCUGAACUUCGGAUACAAUCCCAUCACCUACAUUGGGGAGGAGGCCAUUGAGAUGGCUUCCCUGAAACAGCUCUUCUUGGACAACAUGGCCCUCCAGGAUGUCUCACACAGAGCUUUUGUCAGGAGCCCCCUAUUAGAAAUGCUCAGCCUGCACAACAAUCAGUUGUCUGUGCUGCAGCCACUGACAGAAAUGGCCCACCUUAAAAGCAUCGAUUUAACAGGGAACCCUGUGCUUUGCACGUGUUACAUGCGUCCCUUCAAGGAAUGGGCAGCCAAAGCAAGGAUCCAUGCUGAGGUGGUGUGUGCCGGCCCUGUUGCUUCCAGGGGAGAGCAUCUAGAAUCCCUGAGGACAUCAGACAUGAAGUGUACAGAUCACUCUUUGGAAGAAAAGCUGCUUCCCAGCAUGGCCACAGUCACCAGGGAGCCAGAGGAGGAGACUGUAAAGUGCCCCAAAGGAUGUAAUUGUUCACCUGAUUACCAGCAUGGAAACUGUGACAACAGAAAUCUCCAGAGCAUUCCCAAAGGAUUUCCUAGUAACACCCAGCUCCUGGACUUGCGCCACAAUGAGUUUUUGUCUGUACCAAAAGGCUCCUUCCCUGGCUUGAAAAACUUGACAUCUCUCCACUUGCAGAACUGCAAGAUUGCUGUCCUGCAGUCUGGUGCUUUCCAGGGCCUGAAAAAACUGCUCUAUCUGUACCUGUCCAACAAUGACAUCUCUUCUAUAGACGCUGAGACAUUUGCAGGGACCACCCAGCUUGCCUAUCUUUACCUGGACCACAAUAAAUUAACUCACAUGCCCAAGGGGGUCUUCAGUCACUUGCCCAACCUUUUUGCCCUUCACUUGCAACACAACUCAAUCAGUCAGCUGCCGGACAAUGCUCUGGCUGGGAUGGAGAAGCUACGCUGGCUCUACCUAACAGGAAAUAGAAUUGCUCAGAUGGCUCCCAAGGCUUUGAGUCAUGCCAAGAUUCUAGAAAAGCUGCACCUAGAUGAGAAUUCUUUGCAAGAAGUGCCCACCAGCUCUCUCAGAGGUCUGCCCAUGCUUAUUGAACUGAAGUUGUCCAAGAAUCCCAUAAAGUACAUUGGGAAUAAUGCCUUCCUUCCAGUGGCAAGAUCCCUACAGCAUUUGUACCUAGAUAACAUGGGGCUGGAAAAGAUGUCCGCUGGUGCCUUCACUGGCCUGGGUCGGAAGAUAAAGAGCCUGUACCUGGAGAAGAACAAAAUGGACAGCUUGCCUGACUUACAUGGCUUCACUGCCCUGGAAGCGAUCAACUUGAGCGAUGUACCUUUCAGCUGCAAUUGUCAGCUUCUCCCUCUGCGCAAGUGGCUUGACAAGCUGAACCUGAGAACAGGGGCCGCCUGUGGCUCACCAGCGGCUGUACAUGGGCAGAAGGUGAAGCUCACAGCUGCCUUCCAAAGCUGCCCAGGAUGGAGUACGAAGAAGGCCAAACGAACAAGCCUAACUAAAGCCAAAGCCAAAGCUGGAAGAAGCUCCAGGAAGAGGCAGGGGGCAGGGGAUAUGCAAGUUAGAGGAAGGAGGAAAAGUAAGGUCUGA